GUUGUCGACACUGCAACGAGAGUGAUUCCGAUCUUUCGUCUUUCUUUUACGCUGCCGUGUUGUUAGGUUAUCUCGUGCGUGUUCACAUCAUUCUCGAGACUCUACUCGUCUCGUUUGUAUUUUUCUUUUUGAUCGCGCGCGAAUAGCACACCACAAUGUCCAAAAGAGGACGUGGUGGUUCCGCCGGAGCCAAGUUCCGGAUAUCUCUCGGUUUGCCAGUCGGCGCCGUCAUCAAUUGUGCUGAUAAUACCGGCGCUAAGAACUUGUUCGUCAUUGCCGUCCAGGGCAUCAAAGGACGUUUGAAUCGUUUGCCAGCCGCUGGUUCGGGAGACAUGAUUGUUGCUACAGUCAAAAAGGGAAAGCCAGAACUCCGUAAAAAAGUUAUGCCUGCGGUAGUCAUUCGACAGCGGAAACCUUUCAGAAGGAAGGACGGGGUGUUUUUGUAUUUUGAAGACAAUGCUGGGGUAAUAGUCAACAAUAAAGGCGAAAUGAAAGGGAGUGCUAUUACUGGUCCUGUAGCUAAAGAAUGUGCAGAUUUAUGGCCUAGGAUCGCAUCAAAUGCCAGCAGUAUUGCUUGAAUUUUGUUUAAACUAUAAAUUUUGUCUUGACAUCAAUAAAACCCAAUAUUUACUGUAA